AUGGCCGAAGUCGUCAACAGGCCAGACACGGCCGUCAACCUGCCCGAGAUGGCCUCCGAAGACAGCCUUGCCCUCACCACCACAAAAAACACCACAGAAGUCACCGCGCCCGCCGAGAAGAAGGUCAAAAAAAUCAUUCGCCGCAAGAAGCGACCAGCGCGCGCCCAAGUUGACCCAGCCACUGUCAAGUCGGAACCCCCAGCACAAACCGGCACGACAUUCAACAUCUGGUAUAACAAAUGGGCGGGCGGCGACAAGGAGGACUCGGCCAUGAGCCAAACCCACGCCAAGGGAAGAUGCAACAUCGCCCUCGACUCGGGGUACACCAAAGCCGAUGGCCAUCCAGGCGCCUUCUUCUGCCUAUACUUUGCCCGCGGUGUCUGCCACAAGGGUCAGGACUGCGACUACCUUCACCGUCUUCCCGGCCCGUACGACAUCUUCCCCCAAAAUGUCGACUGUUUCGGCCGCGACAAGUUCUCGGAUUACCGCGAUGACAUGGGUGGUGUUGGGUCUUUCAGUCGGCAAAACCGCACGAUUUACGUGGGGAGGAUUCAUGUGUCGGAUGAUAUCGAGGAGAUUGUCGCGCGCCACUUUGCUGAGUGGGGACCGAUUGAAAGAAUAAGGGUGCUUUCCAACAGGGGCAUUGCGUUUGUCACCUACCGGGACUUGGCCAAUGCCGAGUUCGCAAAAGAGGCUAUGGCGUGGCAGUCACUGGAGGGCAAUGAGAUCUUGAAUUUGAGGUGGUCGCUUCCAGAUCCCAAUCCCAUGGCCCAGAAGCGAGAGGCAAGGAGGAUCGAGGAGCAGGCUGCCGAGGCGAUCAGAAAAGCUCUGCCUGCUGAGUUUGUGGCUGAAAUUGAAGGGAAGGACCCAGAAGCGAGGAAGAGAAGAAAGAUUGAAAGCGGGUAUGGGUUGGAGGGGUACGAAGCGCCGGAUGAGGUUCAUUAUGCCAGGGGGCCUAAUGCUGUUAAUCCAAGGGGAAGGGAAGGGUUCGAGUUGGAGCAUGAGCAGAGGCUGAUGCUGGAGGCGGCGGAACAGGAGAUGAUGCAGGAACAACAGUAUGAUCAGCCACCACCACAGCAGCAGCAGCAGGGCGGGAUAUUCUCCAGCAGCACUCUCGCCGCGCUUCAAGGCGCCCAGGUAGCAGUUGCUUCAAAACCAGCACCCAAGACAUCUACAGGGCCGUUGGUGGCAUACGACAGCGACUCGGACUAA